UUAUUAUUACAAACAGCAGCCUGUAGCGAGAUCAGUGUGUCAGCAGCUCUCUUUGGGCUUAACUCAGGUUUUCUGAUAUCAUGAAGCCGACUCACUUUUAACUGGCAUAAAUCACCAUGGUAACCUGUGCUGAGCAGCAGGUUAGCACGUUGACGUCAGAGUUACAGAUUACAACCUGUCAACACCCCGACCACUGACCAAUCGGAUCACUGGAAAAAACAGUCAUUCCUACAGGAUCCCAAAAUGGACAAAAGUUGAACUCACAAUAAAGUGACGAGUAAACAAAGAGCAACAAACAUUCAGUAGAAUCAUUUUACUUUUCCUGGCUUUCCAUUUCCACUCUGGUUUUAAAACCAAACUUCUAACAAACGGAGGGAAAGUUUAUGACACUAAACACAUGAUGGUGAUUAGCUGCAUUUUGAUUGUACAAGGUUUAUUUAAUCCUUUAAGCAAUUACUGACAGCAUCCAUGCUCUUACACUCAACAGUUUUUCUUCUUCUUCUCCCUUGUUUGCAAUAUAGAUAUUUAUUGAAUUUGUUUAUAUCACCCCAUGAAUAUUUCUCUAGAUCCACCCUGUUUAUAAAUCUACGCUUCUCCUCCUCCUUCUUCUUCUUCUUCUUCUCCUUCUCUUCUUCUCUGCACGUGUUUGUAGUUUUCAGCGUGAACUUGUGAUGGAUGACCAUAUAAGGAGCGGCAGCGCCAUAAAAGGAAACGUGCUUCUUUAUAAGGAGAAACGUAGUUCGGUUUGUGGUAUCAGUGCGCGCAGCCUCCAUAAUCUGUCUGUAUGUUGUCUGUUAAUUCAUGUAGAAUGCGUUCAUGGAUCGUUUCUGAUUAAAUGUUUCGUAUAUUUGUGGAGGACUGUUGACAUACCGCGUAGUGUCUGUGGAACUAUGUCUCACAGCGGAAGAAUAUGUGCGGGUGCUGCUUGUCAUUUCCUUAUGUGGAGCGGAGUGAUCCGGGGGGCUGGGCCUUGCUGCUUACUGCAGAAAAACAACUUUAUAACUUUACUCUCUGUUUUUCUUCAAACUGCCUCAGAUUUCAUGGAGAAAAUGUAUCCCAGAGUUUCCUCGCAUGUUGUUUGGCUGUUCGGCCUGAUCAAUCGGUGAUUUACGGAGUAUCCCGAUGUGCGGAGAGCCGAACUUGUUGCUAAAGUAACCGCUAACUGGUUAGCUAGUUAGCUCCGUUAGCCGCGCAGCUAGCGGUCCGGUUAAUCACACUGCCCGGGCUGGAAGCUCGGAGCCCGGGGAGGGAGUGUCGGUGUUCCCGCCGCUAGCACCGGAGCUUUGUCCCGCCGCGAGGAGGAGGUUUCCAGGCCCGGCGGGGAAUGGGAACCAGAACCGGAACCGGGCGGGCGGGCAACGGAACCGGACUGAACGCGGCCGGACCCGGACCGAACUCCACCGCGGAGCCCGAUGGAGGCCUGUUUGAAGAGCGGGAAUACGGUACCGAGGUGGUUUACAGCGGCUCCGACCCGGAGUCCGAGUCCGGGGAGGACGAGGACACGGCGGGUUCAGGCGGGGACAGGAGAGGGGUGAAGCGGGAGAGGAGUGAGAGGGAGGUCGGUCAUCAGGCGGCGGCCUCCGGAGGCCUGGCGGGGGUUUACGGCGGGGCCAGCACCGGGGUGCCCGGGGCUAAGCCCGGCAAGAAGACCCGAGGAAGAGUGAAGAUCAAGAUGGAGUUCAUCGACAACAAGCUGCGGAGGUACACCACCUUCAGCAAGAGGAAGACCGGCAUCAUGAAGAAGGCGUACGAACUGUCCACACUGACCGGUACGCAGGUGUUGCUACUGGUCGCCAGUGAGACGGGUCACGUGUACACGUUUGCUACAAGGAAGCUUCAGCCGAUGAUCACGUCAGAGACGGGAAAAGCUCUGAUCCAGACCUGCCUGAACUCCCCGGACUCACCGCCGCGCUCCGACCCGUCCGUGGACCAGAGGAUGAGCGCCACCGGCUUCGAGGAGACCGACCUCACCUACCAGGUGUCCGAGGCGGACGGCGGCCCUGAGGGCGCCAAGGACUUGAUCAAACCAGCCUUCACCAACCUGCCAGGCAGCACGCAGCCUUCCUCCUCCUCCUCCUCCUCCUCCUCAUCCUCCUCCUCCUCCUCCCUGCAGGUGAGCGCCUCCUCCUGGCAACCGCCCUCUGUGUCGUCCAACGGGACGCUGCUGAAGACGUCAGCCGGAGUCGUGCUUCCCGGAGGAUUCACCUUAAUGUCAGGUGCCUCGCUGCCUCCCGGCACCCACACCAUCCCCCUCAGCCAGCUGCAGGGCCCCGCGGCCCCGGGCCCCGCCUCCACGCUGCACGCCCCGCCCACACAGCCGACCACGCUGCUUCGCCUCCCCGCCACUGUGUCGCUGUCAGGAGGCGGAGUCUCACAGCAGUUGCAGACCAUCCAGGUUCAAGCCAGCAGUCAGCAGACCUCCACCAAUCAGAGCAGCUCAGACAUUCACAACCCCGCCUCCACAGCCGGUCUUCCUGCCUCCUCCUCCUCCUCCUCUUCCUCCUCAGUGGCUGGUCACAUGAUGUACCCCGGUGGUCACACGGUCAUGUACGCCACACCGACGCCAUCACUGGGAGACGGCAGCCUUGCUGUCCUCAACACCUUCUCCUCCACAGGCCAUGCCCAGUCACAUGACCCCGCUUCGGUCCCGCAGGUCUUCCUCACAUCACUUCCUCCAGUCGCUGCUCAGAUCCCAGUUUCUGCCGUCCAGCUGCACCCGAUGGUCAUCAGUCAGCAGAGCAGCAGCAGUAAUCUGGCGGAGCUGCAGGUCGUCAGUCUGGAUGUCCACCAAUCAAAAGACGACUGACAGUCACAUGACCCAUCCACCAUGAUGUUCAUGAUUCCUGGUUUCACUUCAAGAUGUAAAAGAACAAAAAGUGCCAAAACAGUGGAGCGGCUCAUUAAAGGAACGAUUCACCCAAAAACUACAGAUCAUGUUAACUUCACAUUCCUGCUGAUCGCUUUGAUCCUCCGUCAGUUUCUGAUCAUUUCUGAUCAUUUCUGUAGAAAUCAAUCAGUCGGUGUUUCUCAGCCGCCUUGCUGACUCAGCAGGUUUACAGUCUGCAGGAAGAGUCUGAACCAGAGUCUGAACUCUUUGUUUUCUGUCUCUGCCACUCAGCUCACACCAUGAAGAACAUAAACUACAGAGUUCAGGGUCAAUGACUGUCGAUCAAUACCAGAUCAAUAACCAAUAACCAUCUGUUAUCUGUAAACAUGUGAAAAAGGACAAAAAAGGAUCAAAGUUGAGGUUAUGAGAUUGACUGUUACGGGAUCAAUAAUGAUGAUCAUGUAUCAGAUCAUCAGUGUGUAGAGAACAGGCGUCUGUGGUGCGUUCAGGGACACUCGCUCAUCAGGAGACGAACCCGGACUCUGAGAAGAACUGAUGAUGAUGAUGAAGGAGGAAUAUUUCCUGUCUCUUGAACCUGAACGGCCUCAUCAGACUCUGAUACCUGAACUCACCAGAGCUCUUAUUUACAGACUGACCCUGAACUCACCGGAGGUGUUAUUUACAGACUGACCCCGAACUCACCGGAGGUGUUAUUUACAGACUGACCCUGAACUCACCUGAACUGUUUUUAGACUCUCUGACUGUUAAAGUUCGUCACACUGCUGCAGUUUGACCUUUGACUCCUCAGCAUCAUGUUUUCAUGUGUAUAUAUUUCUAUAUUCAGUGAUGUCAUUAGUUAUUGUUUGUUAGCAGGAAAUCAAUCGAUCAAUAAAAACACUUUUGGAGAGAAAAGUUA